GAAAAAACCCUGCAUCUCCAAUGCAUCAAAACCAGAAUUCAACAUGUUUCCAGCAGAACAAGACCUGAAUCCAAACAGAAGUUUGGUGUUUCAUAUGGAGGGAGCGUUGUUGAGAUCAUGUUCUGGCUUUCCUUACUUCAUGCUAGUAGCCUUUGAAGCUGGAGGAUCCUUGAGAGCUUUCGUACUUCUCCUUCUUUACCCUCUUUUGUGUUUGGUCGGGAGGAAAAUUGGGAUGAAGAUCAUGGUUUUUGUUUCCUUCGUGGGAUUGAAAGAGGAGACUUUCAGAAUCGGAAGCACUGUUUUGCCAAAGGUCUUCCUAGAAGAUAUUGGAAAUGAAGGGUUUGAUAUGGUGAUGAAGUACAGUGGAAGAAAGAUAGGAGUGAGUGAAAUGCCUAGACUAAUGGUGGAGAGGUUUCUGAGAGAUUACUUGAGAGUUGAAGGCGUAGUGGGGAAGGAAUUGAAGGUGAUUUCAGGGCAUUUUACAGGUUUAAUGGAGGAAAAGAACACAGGCUUAGGCGGCGUUUUCAGCUCAUCAGAUAUUGGCCUUUGUUGCUUCGAGAAUCAGAAACUCUUUUCUCAGUGUGAGGUUUGUCAAUCUAGCCUUGAGAACAGUCACUUUCUCUUACUUUCUUUCCCUUUCCCCUGCUAUGAUCAUGUUUUGUUUGCAUGCAUUCAGGAGGUUCACUUAGUAAAUGAAGGUGAAAAAAGGUAUUGGGAGGCUCUUCCAAGGGAGAAACAUCCAAGGGAAUUGAUUUUCCAUGAUGGGAGAUUGGCAUUUAGGCCAACCCCUAUUGCAACCUUAUUCAUGUUCAUGUGGAUCCCAUUGGGGCUCUUUCUUUUGGUCAUUCGUACAUUAGCUGUUUUACUCUUACCAUAUAAACUUUCUGUCUCAAUCCUAUGCUUCACUGGAAUUACAGGCACCACCAGCGGGCUAAACCUGUUGGACACAAGGGGAAAACAAGGGGGCACACUCUUUGUUUCUGGUUUCACCAAUCAAGACUGUCCGGUUAACGCGAAAUCGGGAAAAGGACUCAGAGCUAGUGGAACAGGAACUGAGGCGGGGUGACCUUGUAAUAUGUCCUGAAGGAACUACCUGUAGAGAGCCAUAUUUGCUAAGGUUCAG